CCCAUAAACCAAUGUAAAAGAAAAAAUAUAUAUAAUGCCUCACAUCAAAGCACUGCAGUUGGGAAAUAAUCUAAACUGCUGCUCUUCCUACACUUCUCCUACUCCUCCAGCUACUGCUAUUUCACACCGAAUAAUACUAACUAAUAAUACUUACUGAAUAAUACUAACUACAACUCGCUCUCACUCCUCUCUCCACAAACGCCAACAACACCCACAGUGGGGCUCGAGAUCUGAAACGUUUUUAUGGGACAGCGAUACGUUGAACGAACCAAUCACGUGAUCUGCACAAACCGAGGCCUCGUUUGUCAUCGGUCACGUGACUUUUUCAGAAGCGACCCAAGCCUCGAAGCGAAGCUUCAUCUGACACGCCCACUUUUACUCGAGACACGCCUCGAUGCCUCGGUUCAUUUGUCCCAUCACGAGCUUUCACCUGAGCCUUUCUUUUCCGGCUUUUUCCCUUCUGAAGAGGUGCUUGUCGUGUUCACGCACAAGAUCUUAUUUUUAGGUGUAUUUCAGAUUGAAAUUAUUUUUUCUGCUUGCCCUAUUGCGAAAGAGAUUAAUCAUCACAUCGACGAGGUUUUCCUGCAGCUGCAACUCAACAAAUCUCAAUUCUCAGUGCAUGGUGUCUUCAGAUCAAGACAAGCUACAACUUUCAGCCUGACAAAAUGAUUUGGAGAAGAACACUUUUGACGCCUGCAGUGUUUUUGAUCAUCGUGAUGAAAGUCUUCACUGGUCACACUCUAACAUGUCGUCCAGCAGAAUAUCAGAUAGGGAAUGAAUGCUGUCCAAUGUGUCCUGCAGGAAGUCGAGUUAAAACUGAUUGUACAGAGUUCAGAACGACAUCAUGUCUGCCCUGCCUCAAAGGAACCUUUGUGGAAAAACCCACUGGGCGGAAAAAUUGUUUCCACUGCACCAACUGUGAUGAAGGUUUGGGUCUGAAGGUAAAGACAUCAUGUACAACAACAUCAGAUGCAGUUUGUGAACCACUGGAGGGAUUCUACUGUAUUGAUCCAAGAGGGAACAACUGUGUAGCAGCACAGAAACACAGAAUCUGUCAUCCAGGACAAUACAUCAACCAAAAAGGAACACCCUUCACAGACACUGUGUGCUCUGACUGCAGCAUUGGAACAUUUUCAGAUGGAACAUUUACAUCUUGUCGGCCACAUUUUCAAUGUGAAUCAAACCUUCAAGUGAUAAAACCAGGAACUUCUUCUACUGAUGCUGAAUGUGGAGAAAAACGUUCAAAUGUCGCAGCAAUUGUGGCUAUUGUCUGUGUUUUAUUUAUUUUAUUAAUAAUUGCUGCAGUAGUUUAUUGGUUUUGCUUCAGAAAGAAGAAAACGUGUUUCAGAUCAGAAGAAAGAAACACAAAUCCAGUCAUUUUCAGUCAACCUUCAUUAGAAAAUGGAGAACUAUCACCAUCAGAGACUGUUCCUAUGAGAAUAUCACCAGACUAAAACCAUCUGCAGGACAACAGGUAGGACUCAGAGUCCUGCAGAGUAAAAGUACUUCAGAGUCCAGUUUAAAUCCAUCUGGAUGCUGACACAUCGUCUUUGCAGUUUACUGAAGUAAAACAACAGUGAGCUGAGUUUCCUGCUUCCUGCUGGAUCUUUGUCUGACUACAGAAAACAAAGUUUCUCUGGAAUACAUCCAUCCAUCCAUUCUCUAUACACCGCUUUAUCCUCACUAGUGUCGCAGGGGGUGCUGGAGUCUAUCCCAGCUGACUCGAGUAAAGGCAGAGGACACCCUGGACAGGUCACCAGUCUGUCACAGGGCUACAUAUACAGACAAACAAUCACACUCACAUUCACACCUACAGACAAUUUAGAAUUAUCAAUUAACCUCAGCAUAUUUUUGGACUGUGGGAGGAAGCCGGAGUGCCCGGAGAAAACCCACGCAUGCACAGGGAGAACAUGCAAACUCCAUGCAGAAAGAUCCCAGGCCCACCCCGGGAUUCAAACUGGGGAUCUUCUUGCUGCAAGGCGAAAGUGCUAACCACUAUGCCGCUGUGCAGCCCUCUGGAAUACAACCGAUGGAAAAUAAAUUUAUAGACUCACUGACUCCAUUGAUCUUCUGCUCACAGUUGGAGCAACUUCAGACUGAAGCUGGACUUUAAAUGAGGACAAACUGCUGGAACAGAAGAUAAUGUGACUUUUUCUGCAGCAUGAUGGACUAAUGGCUGCCAUGAGGUGGAAGAUUUUCUGAACAACUGACUGUUUUAUGAAGCUGCACAGGUUGUAAAUUUAAACCAGUUUGUGGUCAACAGCACUACAGUUGCAAUCAUUUGGGUUUUUUUUUUCAUGUUUUUUCAGUUUCUGUUCCUCAGUUUCAUGCUGUCAGUUUCUCUUUCCAAUUGAGUAUACAUUCAGUUUGCUUUUUUGUGUAAAUAUUGUACAGAUUUCCAUCUGCAGAUGGAAAUUAGCUUAAAGCUAACUGUGGAGCAAUGCAUCAAAUGGAAACAUUUAUGUUUAAUAUUGUACAUGGUCCCUUUUUAAAUAAACUGAUAAUAAUAAAAAGA